GCCAAACAUUAUUAUUUUUGUUUAAAUUAAUAUGAUAAAUGAUCAUCAACAAAUAUUUCAGCAUAACAAUAAAAGAAAAAUAUCAUAAACGUCUUCACAGAAAAACACUUAACUCGUGUUUGCACUUAGCGAUAUAAUGAUACAUAGCUUGUUUAUAAUAAAUAACUCUGGUGAUGUCUUCCUGGAGAAACAUUGGAGAAGUGUUGUUUCACGUUCAGUUUGCGAUUAUUUUCUUGAUGCACAAAGGGCAACGCCAAACGAUGUACCGCCUGUUAUUCCCACACCACAUCAUUAUUUAGUAUCUGUUCAACGUGAUGGAAUAAGCCUCGUAGCAGCUUGCAAACAAGAAGUGGCACCUUUAUUUGUAAUAGAGUUUUUACACAGAGUAAUUGAUACAUUUGUGGAUUAUUUUUCUGAAUGCACAGAGACCAUAAUAAAAGAAAACUAUGUUGUUGUUUAUGAAUUGCUCGAUGAAAUGUUAGACAAUGGCUUUCCAUUAGCAACAGAAAGUAACAUAUUGAAAGAACUUAUAAAACCUCCAAACAUAUUACGAACAAUUGCAAAUACGGUUACCGGGAAAUCAAAUGUUAGUGGCACACUUCCAAGUGGUCAGCUUUCAAAUGUUCCCUGGCGACGAACAGGUGUUAAAUAUACCAAUAAUGAGGCAUAUUUUGAUGUUGUAGAGGAAGUUGAUGCAAUAAUUGAUAAAUCGGGUGCUACGGUAUUUGCAGAAAUUCAAGGAUAUAUUGAUUGUUGCAUUAAGCUGAGCGGUAUGCCAGAUUUAACACUUUCAUUCAUGAAUCCAAGAUUGUUUGAUGAUGUGUCAUUCCACCCUUGUGUUAGAUUCAAGAGAUGGGAGAGUGAAAGAAUUUUGUCAUUCAUUCCACCAGAUGGUAACUUUAGAUUAUUAUCAUAUCAUAUAGGCAUGCAAAGUGUUGUAGCUAUUCCAAUAUAUGUAAGACACCACCUCACCUUUAAACCCAAUGAGCAAGGCCGUUUAGAUAUUACAGUUGGUCCAAAGCAAACGUUAGGUAGAACUGUGGAAGGUGUGCGUUUAGAAGUUUGUUUACCAAAAUACGUUUUGAAUUGCUCAUUGGUAGCAAAUCAAGGAAAAUACUCAUUUGACCCUGUAACUAAAAUAUUACAUUGGGAAGUUGGUCGUAUUGAUGUAACAAAACUGCCAAAUAUCAGAGGAACAGUAUCAGUUACAAGUGGUGCCAGUACAGUGGAAUCAAAUCCUUCCAUAAAUGUUCAUUUUACUAUUAGUCAGCUCGCUGUAUCUGGUCUUAAAGUUAAUAGGUUGGACAUGUAUGGGGAAAAGUAUAAACCAUUUAAAGGGGUCAAAUAUGUAACAAAAGGUGGCAAAUUUCAAAUAAGAAUGUGAAAUAAAUAUCCAUAUAUAUAUAUACAAAUAUAUUCAGUGUGAGCUCAUAAUGAUUUUUAUAUGAAUUUUAUUUAAACCUAAAUAAAUUUAAACACAAAUAUCUAAGAAUUAAAAACCUGGUA